CAAACCUGAUUAAGCUUGGCUGCUUCGAUCUUUCCAUUUUAUUUUGUUUGUGUCGGUUUAAACAAAAAUGCUUUUAAAAGCAACGUGUAGAGAUCUAUUUAAACUAUUUUAAGUGUCUAUAAUGUAAUCAGCUUUCAACUUAAUCCGUGUAUAAAAUUAAAAACAACAACAAAGAGUCAUAACCUCAAAAUGAGUUCCAUACAAGAAAGACUUCAACUGAAAAGGAUCCCGUUAGAUACCUGGAACGUAAGGGAACAGCUAUGCCUGGCUUCAGCCGUGGUCAGGAGUGGAGACCAGAACUGGAUGUCUGUGUCCAGAGCGUUAAAAACCGUGGGAGAACCAAAUAGGCCUGCAGAUUGGUACUCUCAAAAAAGUUGUGCGGCCCAAUACGGAGUACUGCUAGAACAUGUGGAGACCCCAAAGCGCAAGAAACGCAGCUCCGAAGGCGCAGUGGAAACCCCUCAGGAGAGCAUCCUUAAGAAGCUCACUCAGGAGCGCAUCGCUGAGAUACAGGAGGCAGUGGCAGAGAUGAACCGCCAGUAUGAACAACUCAAGAACGAAAUUAACGAAGUGCGCAACCCAGCGACCUCGGAAGAGCGCGUGCGCGAGCUGUGGACCGCCAUCGAGACGGCCAAGCGGGCGCGCGAGAGGGAGACAGCCAAACGCGCCGCCUGGCUGAAAGAGAGGGAGGAAAGGCGAGCGAGAGCGGAGAGGACGUGGCGGCCGCCUGCGCAGCCCAAUCAGAGCGCUCCAUCAACACCGCCGCCGCCAUCAUCACCGCUGCUGACGUCAUUACUGAAGUCCUCCCCUGUGGUCACCACCCCGCAGCACAUACCGCACCCCGCUACCGUCGUCGAAACUAUAUCGCCAUCGGCUGGCGCCCCGACUCUGUCUAUGCUGCUAGAGAAGCCGGGCUCCACUAGCCCUCACGACAACAAACACGCCGCCAUAGAGCACAUCAAGAGUCAGCUGGUGCAGAUAGAGCAACAACUUAAAGCUAGUACGACAGUGGCCUCCCCCGUCCAUAUCCCCGCCCCUGCUGUGGACAUAGAUGACAUCGAAAUAAAAGCUGAAGAUGUGUACGCCUUCAGAGACAUCGACCUGCAUAUACCACCCGUCGCCACAAUGCAUAAGGGGCCAGUCAGAGCGGUCGAGAAGGCGGCUUUCAAGAAGGACGAAGAGGAAACCCCGAUGGUUACCGAGGACAUCAAAGUUGAGGCUGAGCCUGCACCCAUCGAGGUGCAACCUAUAGAAGAAGAGAAGGUUCCUGAAGAGAUUCCUGUGGAAGAAAUAACGGUAACCGAAGAGCCGGUACCGGAAGUGCCGCCGCCGGAAGAGCCAGCGCCGCAACCGGAAGAGGUCAAGAUCUCGUUCCCGGAGGUCAAGUUCCCCACACCUGAGAUCAAGGUCAUACAGCCGGAGAUUCAGAAGCCGAAGGAGGAAGUGAAGGAACCGGAAGCGCCGCCGCCGGAAGUGGAGCCGGAAGUGGUGGUCGAAGACGUCCCGGAAGUGGCGGAAGAGGUCGCUACUGAAGUCGUUGAAGAAACUAUCGUUCCGCCCGAGCCCUCGCCGCCACCGGAACCGGAAGAGGCGCCCCCCCUCCCGCCCCUGCCGCCCCUGCCGCCCCCGCUCCCAGAAGAACCAGCACCAGAACUGGUGCCAGAGGUCACUGACCUGGACAGCAUCCCGCUACCCAGCGACCCGCCGCCGGACGACAACGUUAUAGUUACCGAGAUGCCACCGGAACCCCCCCUACCCCCGCUACCGCCAGAACCACAACCGGAAGAGACCAUAGAGAACAUAGCGGAGGAGAUCAAAGUUCACGAGGUCAAGGAGGAGGUCCAGGAGGCCCAGGAGGCCCAGGAGGAUAAGGAGGAGGAUGCCGAGGCCACCGAAGUGGCCAAUGCAACGUUACCUACCCCACAGGACUCCAUCCCGCUGAAGGACAUGAUCAAGGACGAACAAGCGGAGGCCGAGGGGCCGAAGGAGGCCGACGGGGAACAAUUGGAGCCCCAUGCGGACACUGACGAUGACACGCCGAUGGAAGUCCGAAUGCUGAGCCGUGAAGAAGAAAAGGAUGGAAAGAAGAAAAGAGAUUAUUCGCGCAAGAAGAAAUCGGAUUCGAGAACUUGCUCGGGCUCCGAGAGCGCGGCGGAGGCGAGCGCCCCGGACUCCCCGCACGCCAAUGACGCGGAGCGCCAGCACCGAUUGUGGAAACGGUCUGUCAUGCUGGUGUAUAGCAGGUUAUGCGCUCACAAGUACGCUUCACUGUUCCUUCGACCAAUCACUGAUGAAGAGGCGCCAGGGUACAGUGUGGUGAUCAAGAGACCCAUGGACCUGACCAGCAUCAAGAGGAACAUAGAAGCUGGGAACAUAAGAACGACGGCGGAGUUUCAGCGCGACAUACUCCUCAUGCUGUCUAACGCGCUCAUGUACAACAGCAGCGAGCACAGCGUCUACCAGAUGGCUAAGGAGCUUCACGAGGAGGCGGUGUCGCAGCUGGGCAUGCUGCUGGCUGCGCAGGCGCACGCCGGGCUGGCGGAGUGCGCGCCGCGCCGCAAGCGCCGCCGCGCCGACUCCCCGCACCACCACAAGCGCGCGCACCACUAACC